AUGGAGAGGGUGCUAAAACCUGCUCAUCUGGAUGUCGACCCAAGUUCCCCAACAGCAGCGAAGGAGUGGCGACAUUGGCAUAGGACCUUUGUGAACUUCAUCGAGGAGUGUGAAAGACUGUAUGUGAAAAUACCAAAUGAGAUUUUUGCUAGGCAUUUACUUGCAACAAGGCAGCAGAAGCCAGGUGAAUCACUUGACGAAUUCAUGAGAGAAUUAAGGAAGUUAAGUAAAGACUGUAAUUUAAAAGCUGUCAGUGCUGAUCAAUAUCGUGAGGAAUUAAUUCAGGAUACCUUCAUCAAUGGUCUUUCUUCAGCUCACAUACACCAACGCCUCCUAGAGAACAACAUGCUUGACUUACAAGGUGCCUACAAUCAAGCUGCUUCCUUGGAUCUUGCACAAAGGAAUGCUGAAGCCUACGCUUCUCUGACUGCACACACUGCUGUUACUGUUACCCCUCAGAAUCCACUGACAUCACAAGUUCUUCACUCAACUGCAGUGGUAAACCUCAAGUCUUCGGAAGAAGAUGCCAUGCACAGCUCACCUGAUGCUUCUGAAAAGUCAGCAGUUGCCACUUUCUACAAUGUACGAAAGAAAUGCUACUUUUGCGGAGGACCAUAUCAUGCUAGAAGUACAUGCCCAGCACGUGAAGCUACCUGUCAUAAAUGUUCUAAGAAGGGACAUUUUGCUCGAGUUUGCCAGUCUAAAUCUACAAAAGCGUCCAUAGCAACUGUGUUUAUUUCUCAUAUUAUGACUACAGUGACAAAUGUUCCUCAUGGACUUUCACAGGCUGCUACUGUCGUAACAGUUAAAGGCAAGAAGUUGAGUGCCCUAAUAGAUUCAUAUAGUACUGAGAGUUAUAUAAGUGAGAAAGUUGUUCAAGAAUUAGAACUGAAAGUGCAUCCAAGUAGUAAGGGAAUUAGUAUGGCUCAGAAAUCUUUAAAUACUAGUUCUCCCGGAUAUGUUGUCGCCGACCUCAUGCUGGGACUUGACAAUCAAUCUUAUCCUGAUACACAUCUUGGUGUACUGAGGGACCUGUGUGCAGACAUAAUUCUUGGGCUAGAUUUCCAGAGACAGCAUCUAAGUGUAACAUUUGAAUUUGGUGGGCAUAAAUCUCAGUUAAUUUUGAAAAACAGCAAUAACUUGUGUUCUUACAGCUGCAGCACUAGAGGAACCAUCACUCUUUCAUAG